GGCCUUGGGUUUUCCGGUGUACCAGCGGCCUGGUGGUCGUCAAUCUUUUAUUAAAUCGCAUGAAAGUUGUUGCAAAGCCCUAUUUGGAGACUUAAGUGGGCAUUUUAUGAUAUUUCAAAUGUGCUGAAUAUGAUCGUAGGCUCGGAUCAACGUAAAUCUCCGUGCAAAUACGUAAAAAGCAGGAUGGAAAUAAGGCACCUUUAACUAUGGUCUAUGACCCUUGUGGCAAGUUCCUACUAAGAAUAUAAAUAUCGGUAUAAAAAAGUAAAACUGUCACUCAGAAAAGGCCUUGCCUCUUUGUGACCUCGCUGAUGUAACUUUGACUAGAAGAGCCUUGAAAAGAAUGGACAUGAUGAACAAGGACGGAUCGGCUGGAACUGAGGUCAUGAAGGCGCUACGUCUCUCGCCUGGGUCGACGAGAGGCGCCAAGAAGAUGAAACGCACCGUUUUCACCUGCGACUAUCCAAACUGUGGGAAAGUCUUUCUGUCGCUGUACUCCCUGAAGGCGCACGACAUGUCCCACACGGGCGAGCGGCCGCACGUCUGUGGCUGGGCCGACUGCGGCCGGAGCUUCACCAGCUUCUACAGCAUGUCUGCCCACUGCCGCACCCACACCGGCCAGCGUCCCUACUCCUGCACGGCGCCCGGCUGCCAGAAGGCUUUCAAGUCGUCCAGCGAUCUGCGCCGACACUCGCGCACACACACGGGUGACAAGCCGUACGCGUGUACGUUUCGCGGCUGCUUCAAGAGUUUCUCGACAUCCGAUAUCCGGAAGGUCCAUAUGAGAUCGCAUACAGGCGAGCGUCCGUACGUUUGCGAUUAUGAGAACUGCCAGCGCACGUUCAAGUCUCAGACGAACCUGGCCAACCACCGGCGGGUACACACGGGAGAGAAGCCGUUCCAAUGUAAACAUCCCGGCUGCGGGAAGAGUUUCGCCGAGUACUCGACCCUUCACAAACACCAGCUGGUGCAUACUCCGCGGAUAACCUAUACGUGCGAAAUGUGCAAACGGGUGUUCCGCAACAUCACCAUGUAUCAGGCGCACCAGCGGCGGGACCACAACUGGGUCAACGGAGAGGCGGCGGCGCAGACCCCGGCGGAUGACACGGCGCCGUCGCCGUCCGCUGCCGAAGAGAGUCCUCAGCGGAUCCAACUGCUCCUAACCGACGUGGAUGUCCGCUCUCUGGGCAUUGAGGGCGACACGGCUCAGGUGCUGGUGCUGCCCUCUGACGGAGACCAGGGGGAGGAAACUGACGGCCCGUACGACCUGCACCUGGUCGGCUGUACCAGUACCCUGGUAGUGGAGAGCGAGGGUAACUCUCCCGGCCUGGCCGUGUCACCGGCCGAGGGCGGCGCGGACGACCCGGAGCUGGGAGAGGUGGGACUGUCUGUCGUCAUUGAGGAUACCGGCACGUGAAGGCGGUAAAAACUAGGGUGGUCUAGGUGAAAAGACGGUGGUGGUAUGUGAACAGAGAGUGCAGGGAGCUGUCUCUGGACUGCACUGCAGCGAUAUGGUAAAUUAGCCGAGAUGAGCUCAGAGUGAAUGGGGUGAGCUCGGCUACGGUGAGAUGUGAUGUGAGGAAAGAGAAGUGACGAGAAGGAAGAACGAAUGGUCGUGGGACUGUAUUCAGCGGAUAUUACGCCCUAUUUGCGGGGUUGGUGAUAAUGUGGUAGGUAGCUCUGUGAAUCGGAGCUGUUUGACGAUAUAUUGUGAACCCCGAUAUAAGUCUUUCUGAUAAGGCAGCAAACGCUGGUAACUGGGUCCUUUCCACGGACUGACGAGACUGUUCAUUGACUGCUAUAAUACUGCUGCUUGGAUUCUGAUGGGCUAGUCAUUGACUUCUUUUCGGCUGCUAAUUACUAGACAGUUAUCUCAGCAAAACUAUCCAGCUUUGGCUGCUGGCUUGCCUUACGUUAUUGGUACACCCUCGACUAUGGUAGCUGUCCCCUGGAGAGUCUCGCAUUACUUUAGCGCAUGCGGAUGCCUGCCUGCUUUGUAAUGCUCGUAGUUGUUUGCUGACCCCCCCCCCCCCCCCGACUGUUUGGUGAUUUAGCAUUGGAUGCUGCUCUCGUGGUUCUGACCUGCUGCCUGUAUCACCGGCGGCGAACCGGCUGUCCUUGUUAUUUAUUUAUUAGAUGGAAGCUGUGACGUAUCUGUGACCUGUGUAUAGUUCGGUCAUCUGUUGUGUUAUUUGAAAAGUAACACCGACGAUUGAGUGUUUUGCGGAUUCGCUGUGACCGAAAAGUUUUGCAUUGUAAAAAAAUGGUGUUUGUUGA